AUUCUGGCUCCUCCCACUUCCGCUGCACAGGUGAGUCGCGUGUGACGCCAUCGAGCAUGAAGGGAGGAAACUGUUUGAUGUCCAAGUUUUUCCUUCUAAACUGAGCUCAAAUACACUCAUACAGAUAUGUGUGAUUUCGACAAGCAGAAGGGCCCUGGGCGGCUGAUGAAGAAAGGAUUGACUCUCAUUGUCAUUGGUCAUGUUAAUUUCAUCCUGAGUGCUAUUGUCCAUGGCAGCGUGUUACGCCACGUAUCCAAACCCAGCAAUGUGAUCUCAACAGAGUAUACCGCAUCAAACAUCAUCUCCGUCACUUCAGGUCUGCUGAGCAUCGCAAGUGGAAUUGUUGCGAUAUUGGUGUCGAGGAAUAUUACCAUCUUGAAACUACACAUCGGUCUGUUAGUGAGUUCCUUUCUGAACGCCCUGCUCUCGCUGGCAUGCUUGUUGGGGCUGAUUAUGGCGAUCAGUCUGACCAUUUCAUCCGAUGGGAGCCACCUAAUGAAAGGAUGCAAUUCCACUAACAUGCCCGUGAAUGCACGUUCUCCGGUUAUCGUCAACUGCCCCUUUGAUGCCACUCGCAUCUAUGACACAACCCUUGCUUUGUGGUUCACCUGUGGUGUACUUAGUGCGCUGGAGGCUGGACUGUCUGUGUGGUGCUUUAUUGUGGGUCUCCAAUUAAGAGGCAUCGGACCCUGUGCUCAAAACUACAUCAGAGAGCAGCUGGAAGAGCAGGCCCUGGCAUCAGGAUCAAAGAUGGACCAACACCACACAACUCAAGGAGAGCAUCUCAUUGCACAUCAGUCCGCCAACGCUUAGAGAGAGAGGUGGAAAAUUUAUGGUAGUUUUCUUUCAUGUGGAGUUACUUAGUUAGUUAAUUAUGUUAAAUGUCAAUUGUUUUGUAAAUGAUUUGAAGCACUGAGGUUAUGAAACAGACUUUUUGCCAGUUGAACUCAAGUCAGUUGGAUGUUUGGACUGAAUGUUUUCAGUGUACUCAUAUAGGCUUGUAACUAAGCCCAAACCAUCAUAGACUAUAUUCAUUCUGUUAUUUCCCGAAACUGUAUAAGGAGUUACAUGUUUUGCAGUUAUCGUUUACAUGGAAACUAAACACCCAACUUAAUUUCAAAAUUAAGCUGAUGAUUUUUAAAGUGAACAUUUGUAUUCUUUUUUUAUAUUGUUAAUGCGUUCACAAUGUCAAAUGUACCAAAUACUAUUUUAUUUUACUUUAAAGGAAGGCAUCUGUUUUAUCCUAAUGUGCCACGCAGUGAGCUCUCAAUAGCCGGUUGUCAUACAAAGUCCAGUAUGCAGUAUAGAGAGUGUGCCAGAGCGCCGUCAGAGACUUUAAUAUGGGCUGGAUUCAAUGAUGCAGAGAAAAUCUCACUCACAGAUAAUCCAGUGUGAUUACAGUAGUUAAAUAUUGACAGAGACAUGACUGAACCUGUCAAAACAAAGAGAUUUCCCUCUACUUGAUGCAUUAUAUUUCAUUUCAUAAGACUUUGUUUAGAGAGCUGUAAUAUAGUUUAAUUCCUGACGGGUUACUCAAAAGAACCUCAUCUUAAUGCAGAAAAGUGAACCUUUGCUGUCUACAUUUCAUUUUAUUAUUUUUUUUUAACACUUUGAUGCGUUGUUAUCAAUGUGCAUUAUAUUUGAAUAAAUACAUUUUAAUAUAACAAA